GAAGAAGAAAACAGCUGCAGACCGGAAAGUUUGAUGAUGUUCAGAUGAAGCGAAACAAACUCAAGCGCAAUAAAACCAAGCAAAACAAAGAUGGACAUCAUCGCCAUGCGCGACCUGCAGUUAUCGUGUUAUCAGACGGCGGCUGCUCUGACGGUGAAACCUCGCAGGAAAAGCUCUCAGCAGCUGACAGCGAGGAGAGGAAGAGCUCACUCUGCACAGGAUUUAAAAUAGCUCCGAUUUUCUUGCAGCACGUGAAGAUUAAAGGACGUUCAGAUGGAGGGUCUUAUCAGACUGAACACAAAUCAAUGUCCCCCUCUCAGCGUGAUGACGUGCAGGGCCAACAUCCAGGAUCUCAUCUGACAGGCAAACCUGUCAUCUGCAGGGAACGGCUCCCUGCUUCACAUCUGGAAAGCUGCCUGAAAGCAAUCCAAAAGUCAAAUCCAGCUUUUCCAGUUUCAACAGUUUUCAACACUUUGCUGAAGAAAGCAAGCCAGAGGCUGCAUGAGUCAGGGCCUGCAGAUUCAAUGCAAAAGGAGAAAAGGAGAAGUGGACCUGAAGUUUCUCAAAGGCUACCGAAACGUUUGCGGUCUGACCCCUCAGCAGAGGGACACUGUCCCCUGUCGGGACAGGAUGAGAAGAUGGGGCCCAAGGGACACAAGCUGAGCCCAGUAGGUCUGGAAAACAGCUGUCAUACAAACCCUGGAUGGAUGAACCUCACCACGCCAGCGACUGAGCUAAUAAAGAGCUCUGAAGAGGGUCGAGGAGAUUCCUGUUUCGAGGAUGUUCUCUGGACCGACAAGUAUGUUCCUCAACAUUCCAGUGAAAUCAUCGGUAAUUCUGCCUCGGUGAAUAAGCUGCACAGUUGGCUGAAGAACUGGAAACAAAGAGCUGACGGUGACGAGCGGAGACAAAGGGCAGAAAGGAAACAAGACGAAAACAGUGAUUCGUGGGACUGUGGAGACUUCCAGGGUGAGGCUGGGUUGGAGGAAGGAGGAGUGGAGCCGCUGGGUAAAGCCAUGCUGCUUUCAGGACCCUCGGGUGUGGGCAAGACGGCUGCUGUGUACGCCUGCGCCCAGGAGCUCGGCUUCAAGGUGUUUGAGGUGAACUGCUCCUCGCAGCGCAGUGGCCGCUGUGUUCUGUCUCAGCUGAAGGAAACCACACAGUCUCACCUCGUGGAGAUUCCAGGGGAAGAUCCACUGAAGCCUGCAUACUUCAACAACUACAGUGCAAACAGCUGUACUCCUAAAUCUGAGGCCUUACCUGAAAAAUUACAACUCCCUAAAAAUACCGUCGCCGCGUCCAAAAAGCGUGCAGCGCGAAACUCGUCUAGUCGUAAAUUUAAAGCUAAGCCAGCCACUGUCACGUUGGCUCGCUACUUUAAGAUGAAAACUGGAAAAGCAAAGACCAAGGAAGUGGAGAACUCCUCAGCAGGAUGCGAUCAAGAGGCGCCACGCAACAAGAAGACAGCCACGUCACUCAUUCUGUUCGAGGAGGUUGAUGUGGUAUUUGAGGACGAUGUUGGCUUCCUGACAGCCAUAAAAGCCUUCAUGACCACCACAAAACGACCUGUUGUCCUGACCACUAAUGAUCUCUCAUUCAAAGAGAGAUUUGGCUGCAACCUGGAUGAAAUAACAUUCAAAACUCCACCAUCAGUGAAUGUCUGUAGUUAUUUGCAGCUGGUGUGUCUGGCUGAAAACUUCCAGCUGCCUCCAGACGAUGCCAGCAGCCUCUUCAGACUCGCAUGCGGCGACGUGAGGCGCAGCCUGCUUCAGCUGCAGCUCUGGGUUAACAGCAGCAGCGGGUCGCAGGGCGGAGCGCUGGCCGAAGAACCGAUCAGCUCACACCACUGCAGCGCAACAGAAGGAUGCGGUCUUGAUUCAAAAGUUCCUCCCUGGCAAACAGGCUGCUCCGUACACAUGCUGGGUCUCCAUCCUGUGACCCUAAAUUACCUUCUUAAUUUCUUAAAGCGUGGGUCCCUCUCAGAAGAGAACAUGUUGAAGUUUCUCAAAAUCCUGUCCGAGAGCUGGAGAAGAGGUGUACCUCUGCUCUACUCCAACCUGGAGCUCCUUCUCUCUAUCGGAGCCCCUGAGUCCGAUUCCCAGCAGCAGACUGAGCCAAGGCGCUCUAAUCCUCACAUCCUGCGACUGAGUCACACCUUUGGUUCAGAGGUGUCGCCGACCUACAACAAAUCUUCCCAGCUGAGCCGAAGCAGAUUCACGGCUUCCAAAUCAGCGUCACAUUUAACCAGCAGACCUCAAAGAGCGCCAUCAUUCACCGAGACCCGGGACAAACCUGAAAAACGUGCAGCCAAAUCGGUUACCGACUGCUUGGACGGACUGGCAGAUUUCUUUGACCUCAUGUCAGACAUUGACUCGACGCUACCUCACUAUGUUUCAGGCCCGCACACGGCCGAAGUGUUUGUUUGGACCGGAGCAGAUUUAAAGGAUGGAUUGUUGGAUGAGCCGGGGGAGGAGGACAGCAGGAGUCUGAAGCAGGGCAGGCUUGAGGAAAUGAAGGCAGCAGCUGAAGGUUUGGGUUGUCGGCAGUGCUGGUGGAGAGUUACUGAGGCGCGGACUGAAGCCUACAGAUGCAAACAAAAACUGGGUGAUAAGCAGUGGAACAGACUGCAGGAGAGGCUGCUGUUAACUAGCUGCUGUAAAAGACAGAGUCUCAGCUUUACUGCUCAACCUCGAUGUGCGUCAAGGGUGUCCCAAAGGAGGUUCAGAGUGAGUCGGCUGCUGCUCAGCAGUGAGUCCUUCAGCCUGCUGGGGAACAGGCGUGCCGUCUGUGUCGACUACCUGCCGGUUCUCCGCCUCAUCUGUCACACUGUAAGUGCACAGCAGCACAGAGAAGAGCUGGGCAGGCGUUGGAACUACCUGGGCCAUUCACAUUUAGGCCUCUCAAAAUCUGCCAUCCAACUCCUGGCUGAGGAUUUCCUGUUAACGAAAGUUCAGAAAGACUCCUGAGCUCGACAGGUUUCACCGUAUUUAUUUGACCUAAACUCUGACUGAUGGAUUCACUGCCUUAGAGAUGACUAAUCAUGUUUUAUUUUCAUGAAAGUGCAAAUACGAAAUAUAAAUAAAAGUAUUUUUAGAUAA